ACGUCGCGUAUGGUUUCAUGUACGUGAUACCCUAGGCACUCAGGAUGUCACGAUGAAUCAGGUUCUCAACCCCGAAUGACUGCGGUAGUGUCAGUGCUUCGCAGCUCGCCGAGGAAUACAUAAAGAGAUGUAGAUCUCCGAUUUUAGAGCCUGUCUUCUUUCAUCCAAACGAAAACAUCCAAAUCAAAAUCAACUUACAGCCCUCACUUCAAUAUAAAAGUUCGCUUAACAAUCACACUAUCACCAAACGCAGAAAACAUGUCGGCUAUUCCACUGAUUCUCUGCGGCCAGUCUGAGGAGGCCGGUAAGGCCUUCACGGAGGCGGUGCAGCCUGACUUUGAAGUCGUCUACUUCGUGACCUCCCCGCAAACCGGCCUCAUCGAGAUCCCCCUGCUCCUCAAGGGCGAGGUCCCGACCUCCGCCUCGGCCCCGGGCGGCACCAACGUCGGCACGGGCAACCUGUCGAUCGGCGCGCCCAAGGCCAUCGUCGUCGGCAUCACCUACGACAACGCCUGGAUCACCGCCGCGCACAAGGAGAUCGCCGCCGCCGGCAAGCACAUCCCGAUCCUGAAGCCUGACGUCUCGGCUGGCGGGGCGGCGGCGCCGAGUGCCGAGAAGGCGAAGGUGGUGGCUGAGAGAGCUGUUAAAGUGUUGAGGAAGCUCGAGGAGGAGGGGAAGUUGGAUGGUGGGGACGAUGGGAUUUACUCGUACUAGACGAGAAAGCAUGUACUACUAGGUACCAACCUAUCUAGGAGAGAUUGGUAUAAUCAAGAUGGGUCAGGGCUAGAUUGCUAGGCGGGUUGUCUUUCUAUGGGAUAAGAGUAUUGGGGGGAAAUUAUGCGAAAGAUGAAGAUUGAAAAUGCGAUGAGAUUGUAAACGCAAAUAAGAGGAAAGCUUUUGUGGGCUGAGUCGAGUAGUUUCUCCUAUAAUUUAUUUACUAUUUUAUUUCC